CGAGCGGUGUGUGGGGGAAGGUACACAUCGACUCUCCCGCCGGCCUGACAGUGCUCGCCGAGGGUGUGUUCAAUCAGCUUCCCGGGUGCGACCACUUCGCCACCAGCAGGCUUGAACGAUUACGAUUUAUUUCCUUCUUUGCGGAAUGACUGCAUAAACUUUCGGGAGAAAAAACAAACGGAUUAAGAGAACUGAGUGGAAUGACGUUUAGAACCUUACAUUAGGCUGAAAAAAAGUGCUGGAAGAGGAAGAGAAAGCUUGAUGAACUCCAGUGAAGUGUCUCUCUUUUUUUUCUCUCCUCGACAACCUUCAAGAAAGAUCGAUUCAAAAACCCCCCGAAGAAACACAUAAUUCAGAUAAUUGCGUAGGAACGUAACAAGCACAAGAAAGCGAGAGUGAGCGGGAGCAAGCAUGAGAAACGGAUCCAGCCAUUCCGUCGGGGCCUUCCCUCCCCCCUCCGCCCUCCCCCCCGUCGACACCAUGGAAUCUCGCCGAAGCUUCUGUAUCAAACACCAACGUUAUGAUGGGUGUAAGGAACCACGUGAGGCGGGGACCUCCGAGCAGCUCACCUGCUGCUGCUGCCUCGCCCCCACCUGCAUCUCCGAGAGCCCCAGACUCCGAUCCAUCAUGGGUUGCUUCCUGGAAAAGUUCGACAACUUCCUCAACCGAAGCUUUCACCGGUUGGGCCAGAUCAUCGCCAACCACUUCGGAUACUUCAUCAUCGUCCCGAUCUUCAUCACCGCCAUCUUAGCCACAGGUUUCCAGAACAUCGUGUACGAGGAUGACCCCGAGUACCUGUUCGCCCCCACGACGGGCGGCGCCAAGGACGAGCGGGCGAUCAUCGAGGAGAACUUCUUCCUCAACUUCAGCUCCGACUUCCACCCGUCGCGCGUGACGAGGACCGGGAGGUUCGCUCGCUUCAUCAUCAUGGCGAAGGACGAGGGCACUCUGCUGAGGACCGACGUGUGGAAUGACAUCAUGGCGCUCGACCUACUCACCCACACCGUCGGGGUCGAGUACGACGACAGGUUCGUGCGCUACGAGGACCUCUGCGGCAUCUGGGACAGCAAGUGCUACGAGAACAACAUCCUGGACCUGAAGGACCUCAUGCCGGAGAUCGAGGCCGGCGAGUACAACCUCACGUACCCGCUCAUGCUGAACCCCAACACGUUCGAGAUGUACGUGUUCCCGCUGUUCUUCGGCGGCCUCGAGAUCUCCAACUCCAGCACCAUCGAGAGCGUCAAGGCCCUGUCCAUCUCCUACUGGCUCAGGACAAACACGCGCAAGGAAGACGAAAGCGCCGCGUUAUGGGAGCAGUCCUUGCUGCAGGCCAUGGACGCCAAAGACUUCGGGACGAUCAAGGUGGCUCGCUUCGUGUCCCGAACUCUGGAGACGGAGCUCGAGAACAACACCAACUCCGUGAUCCCGUUCUUCGGCGUGACCAUCGCCAUCAUGCUGUUCUUCAGCGUCACCACCGUCAUGAUGGCCGACUGGGUGCGCACCAAGCCCUGGCUCGGCCUCAUGGGCGUCGUGUCGGCGGUGCUCGCCUGCGUCGCCGCCUUCGGCUUCCUCAUCUACCUGGGCGUCGAGUUCAUCGGAAUCAACAUGGCGGCGCCCUUCCUCAUGUUAGGUAUCGGCAUAGAUGACACCUUCGUGAUGUUGGCGGCCUGGAGGAGGACCCGCCUGCAGGACUCCGUAUCGGACCGGAUGGCGAAGACCUUUGCCGACGCCGCCGUCAGCAUCACCAUCACCUCCCUGACCGAUAUGAUCUCCUUCUUCAUCGGCGCCAUCACGCCCUUCCCUUGCGUCCAGGUCUUCUGUCUCUACACAGGCACUGCCGUCGUGGUGACAUACCUGUGGCACAUCACCUUCUUCGGCGGCUGCAUGGCACUCUCCGGGUACAUGGAAAAGGGGCAGCGUCAUGGCGUCUUCUGCCACAAAGUCAAGGCCAAGUCGGAGUCUGAGAACGAGAGCUGCGGCUACCGGCUCUUCUGCACGGGCGGCAUCACCGAGGCCGACCCUUGGAACCCGAAGGACAACCGCGAGCACGCCCUCAUGUUGUUCUUCAGGGACUACGUCGCCAGGUUCCUCAAUAUCCCGGCCAUCAAGGCGCUCGUGGUGAUGGUGUUCCUGAUGUACCUGUUGGUGGCUUGCUGGGGCUGCACCAUGGUCAAGGAAGGGCUGGAGCGACGCCGUCUGUCUCGCUACGAUUCCUACUCGGUAGCAUUCUACGACCUGGAGGACAUGUACUUCCGAGAAUACCCUUAUCGAAUUCAGGUUGUGAUCACUGGCGACGUGAACUACAGUGAUCCAGUCGUCCAGGAUCAGCUGAUGGAUCUGCACCAACAGUUCGAGAACCUAACGUACGUGGCAGAAGCUCUAUACACCGAGUCCUGGCUGAGGGCCUGGCUCGGCUUCCUUGACAGAAACCAAGAAUUCCUGGAACUGAAUAUCACGACAGAAGAGGACUUCAUUGCCAAUCUUCGAGAGAUAUACUUAUCGGGUCCAGCCAACGUCUUCGCGCAAGAUGUGGCCUUCAACGAAAACUACACUCGGAUCAAAGCUUCCAGGUUCAUCAUCCAGACGCACAAGAUUUUAGAUGCCAAUGACGACAAGGACAUGAUGGAGAAGCUGCGGCAGGUGGCUCGAGAUUCUCCGUUCAACGUCACCGUGUUCAACCCCUUCUUUAUCUACUUCGAUCAAUAUGUGUUGGUGAGGACUACGAGUAUCCAAGCAAUCUGCCUUGCUGCAGCCGUCAUGAUGGUCGUCUCGCUCAUUUUCAUCCCGAAUCCCCUCUGCUCGCUGUGGGUCGCCUUCUCCAUCGUCUCCAUCGAGGUGGGCGUGGUGGGUUACAUGACGCUGUGGGGCGUGAACCUCGACUCCAUUUCCAUGAUCAACCUCAUCAUGUGCAUCGGUUUUAGCGUGGACUUCUCGGCCCAUAUUUCCUACGCGUAUCUGGCCGCCAAGGUCGACACGCCCGAGGAGAGGGUGCAGGAGUGCCUCUAUGCCCUCGGCCUUCCCAUCCUGCAGGGCGGCUUGUCAACCAUCCUGGGCAUCACCACGCUCAUCCUCGCUCCGUCGUACAUCUUCAUCACCUUCUUUAAGACGGUGUUCCUGGUCAUCUUCUUCGGCGCCAUGCACGGCAUCUUCCUCCUGCCCGUGCUGCUCUCCCUGCUCGGCCCCGGCUCGUGCUCCAAACGCAAAAAUAAGGAGAUCACUCCUCCCAUGAAGGGCAACGGCCAUCCCUUCUUCAUACACGGACAAGCCCUUCCCCCGCCCGGGCCGCACGACGCCAGCAGCCUGAAGAUCCCUCGGCCACACAGCAUGGCAGCCUCUCAGUCGGGGAUUCCCGUGGCCCCAGUAGGCCUUGGUCGCUCCGGCGCCUUCCUUGCUCCCGCCACGCUUGCCUCCAACAAGGAUGACGGUAACAGCCUGGAAAAGGAUCUGGGACUAGGUACUUCCGGCGAGGAGUCGAGCGAGUCGAGCCUUAGCAAGGGUGCCGCCAACCGCCGCGGGGGCCCGGAUAUAAUACCUGGUAGCGGAGGACGCCGCGGACUUCCCAUUCUAGAGGUAUACAGCAAUAACGGAUAUAUCAGCGAUGACCUGGAAGCCGAGGAGCGCCGCUCGGAAGAACGCCGUCUCGAUCACUAUGGCGAAUGGGAAGACCCGCGUCGCAGCUACCAGAACCACCGGCCUUCACCCGAGCGCUCGUCGUCCGUCCAUCGAAACGAUUCAUCCGCACGACCCGGGCAGCGCCAGGGACGCCUGCACUCCUCCGACACACGGGAGCGAACCGAACUCAGGAGAGGUUCCUCGGCAACAAGGUCACACGGAGCGCGUUCUUCUGCAGAUCCCCGCGGAAGGCACCGUGACCACCAUUAACGACGUCACGCCCAAGUGACCACGUGCCAUGGCCAAGUGUACAGUGUACAUAGUGUAGUAUGAAUGGACAGGCCCAGCGCAGCUAGUCACUGGGCGAACACCCCCAAUCCCAUCUCUUAGUUCUCCCCAAGGGUUGUGUUUGUCACCCCGCGGAUUUGUGCCAUUCCGCCCACAUUUCGACCCUGCUGUGUUCUCAUUCAUCAACAUCAGAUAUGUAUGUUUGUCCUUGUCAAGGGGUGAAGCCCUUAUAUGAAAAUAAUUUCGUGUGUGUCUUGACAAACUGCACCGAUUAGCGGGGUCGGUGGAAAUAAAUCAUCUGUAUUUAUUUAUACGAACUUUAUUUUGUGUUGCAAAGGUACAUACAUUGUGGACAAGUGGAAAACGACUCUGAACUAGCGUUGCAAGGGAUAGGGCAGACCACAGACACGCACAACCUGCCGCGAUGACAGUGCAGUGGUGUUUACCGGUAUGUCUCGAAGCUGUCGCCGGUCCACGAUGUAGCAAAUAGUGAUUGGUAAUGACAAAUGCCAAAAGUUGCCAGAGCAGGUGUACUUAAUCUGAGGAAAUGAGUGAACUGUGAUUCUCAAGAAUAGUUUUUUUUGUGUGUAUGUAACUGCUGAACAAGAUAAAUUAACAUUUUGUACAAAUUUUCAUCAGAUAUCUUCCUGUUUUUAGAACUGUCAGGUUCACAGUGUUUCCCAGAUUGCCAGUAUCAGUGGCAUGCUGGAGCUCAGUCUGGCUCAAUAGUAAUGUAAUCGUUUUUAAUAUCAUUUUAAUGUAAACUGUAUCAGUUACCACUUUGUCGACAAGUUUUGAGUGAAAAUGCAUUCCCAAACUUGAUGAACUCCAGACGUCAUAUGAUUGAAGUGUAGACUUUUACUAUUAUUCCAUUAUUUCAUUAACUUCAAUACUGAUAUUGUGUGAUAUAGGAAUGAAUCGUUAUUUUAUAAUACUUUUAUAAUGAAAAUUUGUUUUUAGAAAUAAGGUUUGAUAAGGUAGAUGCUCGCAGGAUGUUCGUCCUGAGAGGUAAAUGUAUAUAGCAUAUAAAUUUUAUUUCAGUUUUCGUCCAAAUUUAACAAAUUCUGUUUUAGCUAAAUCUCGCUCUCGCAUUAGAUUCACUUGGUUGGUUUUAUCAGGAAGUGGUUUGUUUUCCUGCAUCAAAAUGCCUUGCCAAGAGGUUAUAUUAGUCGGGUCCAAACACCUGCAGACGAGUUGGAUCCUUCAACCCAUCCAGUAUAUAAGGCAUCCAGUUAACCAGGUUGGAUUCCUUAUAUCACGUGGUACUUGAUGCAUGGAAACUCGCCCUUCGCAUGUAGUUGUUACAGGGAGAAUAGGGUCUUCUUAACAACUAGCUGAAAAGGCAGUUGAAUUAGAGACCAGAGAGCUGCUCAUGGCAGAGAUACUUCCCUGGCGGUUAUCUUUAAAGUAACUGUCGAAAUCCUGGUGGCCGACUCGAUGCAUGUGCAUAGCCUGUCUAAAAAUGAGCAGCAUUGUCGAAUGUGGUAGUUUUUGUAAUGAUCAUUUUAUAUGUUUAUAUGAAUGUUCACGCAUUAACUACACUGUCCAUAUGCGCUGUAAAUAGCAUUGACAGACGACCAUGUUCAUGUUUUUCUUAACCCUGUAGUGUUUCUGCUCAUAGAAAAGCAGAGACUUGAGAUUUCGAGAAAACGCCUUGACUCGUGUAUAACGAAAAAAUGAUACUUGUAAAUGCCUCGACCAUUUCAUAUAUGUUUUUAUAGGCAAAAUCAUAGACAAUGAAAAGACGUGUGAGAAGAUAUUUGUUGAUUGCCGUAAGCAUACGAUGGAGUACUACAGAAGCGUCACCAGAUUCAGUAUUAUUAAGCCCCUCUACAUUUUACAUGUGCAAUGAUAAAAAAUGUCACUAAUAAACCCAGGUUUCUUAAU